AAUAUUAAAAUCAACGACAUAACGUAAAAAAUGAAAAUUUUGCCACCCAACAAAGCAUUGAAAGGAAAGUCACCAUUCCUGAAUCUCUUUUGCCUCCGAGACUAAGAAAUGGCCUAAAGAACAAGAGUACAGCAACACAAUAAUCUCACCCCUUUUGUUCCUGACCCUCAAUUCAAACACAUCGCUUUGAAUCUUCAUUGAUUCUCCUUCCUCUGGAGUUAUGAGUAUGAACCACUUUCUUUAAACUAAACAUCUCUUGAAUCUGAAGUUACCCAAUGCUUGCCUUUCAAGUGUGUUCAGUUCCCAAUAUUGGUCCUAUGUUGGGGUAUUUAAUUUUGGGGUGACAGAGAUCUUGGUUCGGGAACUGUUUGCAAAAGAGGAGUAAAAGAAAGCAGAAAGAACAGGUUUGCAUUUAAGUCCCUGCAGGUGAAAUCUGAGGUGUAGGUUUUGAUUCUGUGAGUUAUAAUUAUAAUAUAGGUAGGUUACUUGUAAAGAGACUUAACAUUGACUUAUUGCGAAGUUUCCUCCACCUUUUGCACCUUAAAACAUUGUUCCUUUCUGAAGAGGGUGUAAUCAGAUCUGAGCCUGUUAUCUAGAGGUGGGUCCCAAUUCCCCUUACCGAACCGUUGUCAAUUUGUCAUGUAUGUUACUUAUAUAGCUCCCAAAUCAAAAUCUUUGGCAUUGGGUGUGGAUUGCUGCCGAUUAAGAUAAGCAUCUUUGUUUGAAAACCAAGUUUUAUCCUGCAGAAAACAUGGACGCUUCUGUGCUUACAUGCUAAAUAUACUUGUUAAGAGGGUUGCUCUGGUUCCCCUGCCGAAUCAUUGUACUUCUCUUCUUAUCUUGCUAAGAUUUGUGGGGUUCUUGGAGAUUUGUGUUUAAACUCAUCUGCAGGAACUGAGCGCAGGAAGAGAUCUUGGUUUGCCCCUGAAGUGAAGGGGUUUAAAAGUUUGAUUCUGGUUUGGCGGUACCACGAGAGUAUGAGGAAAAAUGCAGGUUCUCAUUCAGGAAGAAUGUUUAGUGACAGGAAGUGGAUUCUCCCUUUUUUUGCAAGUUUGAUUAUAUCUAUGAGUCUGGUUCUGACAGCUAUUCUUGGUGCACUUAGUUCUGAUCGUGGGGGAGAGCAAUCACCGUUUGAAAUCAUUUCCUUCAAGAGAUCAGAGAAUUCCAAUGGAUAUUUUGUGGAAUCAGAUAUAGAAAGGUCUUCUAAUGUUAGUGUGGUGAAAAGGGAGGCACCAAGGUUUGCCUACCUUAUAUCAGGCACCAAGGGUGAUAGUCAUAGGAUGAUGAGGACAUUAGAGGCAGUGUACCACCCAAGGAAUCAAUACAUCUUGCAUUUAGAUCUCGAGGCACCGCCCAGGGAAAGGUUGGAAUUGGCAAAUGCAGUGAAAGCUGAUCCAGUUUUUCGUGAGGUGGAGAAUGUUCGUGUUAUGUCUCAAUCCAAUUUGGUAACUUAUAAGGGUCCUACGAUGAUUGCUUGCACCCUCCAAGCUAUUGCAAUACUAUUGAAGGAAAGUUCAGAAUGGGACUGGUUUAUUAAUCUCAGUGCUUCAGAUUAUCCUCUUAUGACACAGGAUGAAAAUAUUAUUAAAGUAUGCAGUGAUGUUUUAGCAACAGGAACGACUUCUGUUCAUCUUUUUCAAUCUUGCGAUCAUUGCCAAUUAUUCAGGAUGGAUCUCUAUGUAACAUCAUUAGAUUUGCUUUAUGUUUUCUCGAAUCUGUCAAGGAAUCUCAAUUUCAUUGAGCACACACACAUUGCUGGUUGGAAAUUGAAUCAAAGAGCAAGGCCCAUCAUUAUUGAUCCUGCCCUUUACUUAUCAAAGAAAUCUGAUUUAGCAUUGACCACUCAACGAAGAACCCUUCCCACGUCUUUUAAACUGUUUACUGAGGGAUACUUUCACACUGUCAUUUGUAACACUGAGGAAUUCCGUCACACUGCCAUAAGCCAUGAUCUUCACUACAUUGCUUGGGACACUCCUCCAAAGCAGCAUCCCAUCUCCUUAACCAUGAAGGACUUUGACAAAAUGGUUAAAAGCAAGGCACUUUUUGCGCGCAAAUUUGCUAAGGAUGAUCCAGUUCUAGACAAGAUUGACAAGGAACUUCUGGGGCGCACCCACAGAUUUUCACCUGGGGCUUGGUGUGUUGGAACCACAGAAGGUGGGGCUGACCCUUGUUCUGUUCGUGGCAAUGUUACAAUGUUUAGGCCAGGCCCUGGUGCUGAUAGGCUGAGUGAGCUGCUUCAUGUGCUGUUAUCUAAAGAAUCUCUAAGCAAGCAGUGUUUGUGACAAAGGGGUACCCCAACUCAAUUAGGAUGAAUGAUGUCAAGUGUACAUAAGUGUUGCUAUAGAUCAUAUAUAUCUGAUGUAAAAGGUCAGAAUUUUGUGCUCAAUAUAGGUUCAUAUUCACAAAUCAACAAACACUCACUACCA